AUGGAUAACCCAACAAAUCAGACUGCGAUGGUGAAUUUGCCAGAAAAUCAAAGUGGGCAGUGGAACGGUGAUAUUUCUGAUGGAAGUUCCCCCACACCGACAACCCCUAGCAUUGAUGGGGACAACACCUCUGGUACGGCCUGGACUUCUAACAUCGGCUCUUCAACAACCUCUUCCUUAGUGCCCGACCCAUCCGGGCUGCCUUCGAACACAACAGCGAUUUCCGCUACACCUCUCACCACCACAGCAUCGCCAUCAAACAUGACCUCUGAACUUCCUCCCAGCCCCUUACCAUCUUCCUCAGCUAUUCCCGAGCCGAUGAACCCAAGCGUCAUGGGUCACGUUCAGCUCAACGCCGCUAUGUGGCAGCAGCCGGGCAUCAUCAUUGGAGUGGCGUGCUCAGCUCUCGGAUUCUUAUGUAUUGCUCUUGGUCUGGCGUACCACAUUUAUCACAAGCGUAACACGCGCCGACCUAUCCGUGGCUUGCGAGUUGUCUCAGGCUUCGACUUCAAUGGCGGGGGCGAAGAUGACUACGCGGCUUUCAACGUCUGGGACAAACCCGCUGUCGGCUCGGCGGCGGCCGACAAGGCCGAGAAGGGCGGCUUCGAGUAUAACGGCUCGCUUACUCCCAUGAGCAAUCUCAGGCAUUCCACCGCUACGGUUUACUCAAACGCAGAUGACGACGACGAGACUCGCCGUGCUUCCACACUGCCCCCUUCAAUCGACGAGAAAGGGAUCGCCCUGUGA